AUGUCCCAGCCAUUGAAAUUUCAAUUUAUAGAGUUCAAGGAUGGAAUCUCGGAGGGCCGCUAUUCGGACAACCGGCAGUCGCGAUCUAAACAGCCUCAGAGUGAACAGCUGCCAAGUCAACAUUCGCAGGGUAAACCCUCGAAGCAGAAAUCGCAUGAUGAAGCAUCACAGAGCCAAGGUACAAAUAGUCGAAGCCCGUGUCGCAAAGAGUCAGAGGACCAACCUCCGCGACGUCAGCAACCACCAAGUCAACAGUCACGGGGCGGAUUGUCGAAGAGCGAAGGUUGGAAACUGGACCCUGUAACAAAAGAAACACUCCAGGAAUAUAGGCGGCAGGUCAAAUCUCGAAAGGAAGCAAAAAGGGGAGAAAAUACGAGCUCAAUUGAGCCUUCUCAAUCUGUAUCCAUCGAGACUCCAGAAGUACGACCGGAAAAAGUACCACGACAGUCUAGUAAGACAAAUAAAAGAGGGCAUGAUCAGGAAGGCUCUCCACGAGAGCUUGACAAGCGUCCAUCGGGGAAGCGCCGCGCAGGCUAG